AUGUUUCUUGAGGAAUCCAUAGGUCUUGCAAACAUUGAUUUCAAGGACCUCCCUGCCCAUCAGGUUCUCGCGGAAAUUGAUACCGCGAGACAGGAGCUCAUCGGCAGGUACAUGACCGGUUUGAAUGCUCUUCGUAAAACACUUUCAGAAGAGACGGGCUGUCCUACCAAUGGGAAUCCCAACUGUUCCGCUAUUAUUCUUGGUGUUUUAAUACGGGAACAACACAAACUCGGACUUCUUGACCCAUCGCCUGUCGCUCCAUACAGUGGCUACAAUAUUUUCACUCUCGUCUCAAGAGCCCGCCAAUUCCCCAAUCCGAGGCCACAAGAGCGUUAUUGUUCAUGUAACAUUCAAAAGCGACUGAACCCCAUUCUCGAAGGAAUUGAGUACUCUAUCUCGAAAUACAAUUUGACUGCCUAG